AAGAAGCUUCUGCCUUCGUCGUGAACGCGCCUGGACGCUCCGCGCGCACGAGCAGCCGUGUUUGUUUGUGUUGAGAUUGGAAAUGGCGGAGAGCGGAGAACGAAGCGAUAACUUGGCUUUGCAAACGCAAGUGCGCCGUCAUUAAAACGCGGAUACCACCCACAAGGGAUUCUCGGAGUUGCUUACGGUUUGCCUCUGCCGAUGGGACAUAAGUCGGACGGAGCAAAAAAGGCAUUUUAGGAACAAGGUUUGGCUUUAGCGAGCUGGUUAGCCCGCUGAGCUAACCGUGCUAGCAGCCUGGCGUAAGCUAGCUUUCAAGCCGUGUGUGUGUGAUUUUAAUUACGCAUGCUUGUUUGUCAACAUACGAUGACGUUAAAUAGCUAGCAAGCCUGCUAACACGCUAGGUUGACUUCUCCCGGUUUCCAAGCUAAGCAAACAUGACCGCUGCAGCUCACCGCAGACGUAUUAACCCGAAGUAAGAGUGGAUAAAAGCAGCAAAGCAGCAAGUUAAGCGGCUAACUGGCUUGUGUUCAUGGGAAUUAACCAUCCAGCGUGACAACUCCCAGCUGGACCCCGCGAGCAGGACCUUCAUCACAAGUUGACUAAACGGUCGGAGGCCAACAGGCUUCUCCCUGCACCCGGGGUGGUGCCAUGUGACGGAGCAGCCGUGGUGCUACAACCCCACCAUCACCACCGCUCCAUCACCUCCACUCCAAGCUGUUUGCCCACCACCGACUGCCCCCCCACCCCCUCCACUAUCCCUUACCCCCCCUUUAUCUCUGCUCUGAGCCCCGGACGAGGCCAACCACAGCCAACACAUGACUCACCCACUGGAGCCCUAGAUCAAGUGAGUUAAAGCUGAAGAUGAGUGCAGUAGGGGAGAACCCCCUGGACCCUGCCACGCCAGAGUCACGCAAGAGGAGGGGCUCGCCAUGUGACACAUCAGGGCAAAGUAAGAUAUUAUUGACGGCUUUGACGCACAGGUCUAAGAGGUUCUCAAAGGUGGAGAAAGCAGCUCUCUCGUCUCCGGAUGAGGAGGUGCAGAAGAGUGACAUCUCCUCCAGUAGCCAGGGGCUGGUGGAGAAGGAGGCCCUAGGGCCCAUGCUGCUAGAGGCCCUUGAUGGGUUCUUCUUCGUCGUCAACCGGGAGGGCCGCAUCGUCUUUGUCUCAGAGAACGUGACGGCUUACCUCGGAUACGCCCAGGGGGAGCUGAUGACCUCGAGUGUCUACAGCAUCCUCCAUGUGGGAGACCACAAUGAAUUUGUUCGCAAUCUGCUGCCCAAAAGCCUGGUAAAUGGCGUGCCGUGGCCGCAGGACGCUGGCAGAAGGAACAGCCACACCUUCAACUGCCGCAUGCUGAAAAGGCCGCCGGACGAGAUGGACUCCGAAAACCCGGAAGCUCGGCAGCAAUAUGAGAUCAUGCAGUGUUUCACCUUGUCUCAACCACGGACAAUGCAGGAGGAGGGAGAAGACCUGCAGAGCUGCCUGAUCUGUAUUGCCUGUCGGAUACCUCGCGCCCAGCCUUUGAGCACCGAGUCUUUCAUAACGAAGCAGGAUCCUACAGGGAAGAUCAUCUCCAUAGAAACUAGUGCUUUGCGGGCGACAGGCCGGCCUGGCUGGGAGGACCUGGUCAGGAAGUGCAUCUACGCUUUCUUUCAGCCGCAGGGCAAAGAGCCCUCCCACGCCAAGAAGCUGCUGCAUGAGGUGAUGACCCAUGGCACUGCUAUCAGCCCGUUGUACCGCUUCACGUUAAGUGACGGCACCCCGCUCAGCGCUCAAACCCGCUGCAAGUUCUGCUGCCCCCCCAACCCUGACGUACAGCCCUUCAUAAUGGGCAUUCACACUAUUGACAGGGAACACAACACUUCUAGCUCUCAGGAAAACACUAACCCCAGCCUUCCGACCCUUGGCAGCCUUGCCCAAACUCCCUCCCGCUCCCCUUCCCUUCCUCCCAGCAGCAACUGGAUCCAAGGCGCUGGCCUCGCCUCCUCGGGCCUUCACCCCAACAACACCAACACCUCCCCCCACGGACAUAAUCCAGCCACACCCACAGGCUACCUGACGCCCAAUCGGACCUUUCCCCAGCAGGUCAACAGCCCCUCUCCUUUGAGCAGCCCACUCACAGCCACCCCUACCUCUUUUAUGUUACCCAGGAUGCCACGGGCCAGUCCUGGGUUAGGGGGAAGCCCUCGGGUCCCGGGGAACCCUUUCUCUCCUACCACACCAGGCCUCCAUUCCCCAGCAGGGGAGCUGAGUAGUGGAGGGAGCCUCAGCAGACAGCAGUCUGGCGGCAAUGGUAGUAGCGCCGUCAGCGGGGGGUCAACGGGGUCCUUCACCCAGUCCUCUCCUGUCCUACAGAGACAAGCCAACACACCCACCUCCACUCGGCCUCCGUCUGCAAAACCGUCAGAGGGAGGAGAAGGACGGGGAGAGGACUCUGUUAAAGCCCCCCUUCCUUCUGCCUCACAGCUGGGUAACACCAGACUCAAUCAGCUCCUGGAUAGCAAUGGGACGGGAGUUGAAUCUCACAACAACAGAAUCCACUGCACCCCAUCACCUCUUCCACCGAACCCCCCUCCUGUCCCCCAGUGCCCUGCCUCUCACAGCACCCUUACGGAACGGCAUAAAAUCCUGCACCGGCUGCUCCAGGACACCAGUCCCAACGACGGCUCCACCACCGAGGAAGAACUAAACAAACACGAUGUUGAGAUCAAGAGGGAGCUGCCUGCCAGUCCAGCUCUUAACGCAUCACCUCCCAAGUCCAGCUCCAAAGAGCCACAGGACCAUCAACUACUCCGUUUUCUCCUGGACACAGACGAAAAGGACUUGGGGGACCUUCCACCUCCAUCUGCUCUCACCCUGCAGACGGUUAGGGUAAAGGUGGAGAAGAGAGCCAGCGUGGAGGGAGCAGCCUGUACGGGCUCUUCUGCUGCAGCAGGAGGUGCAGCCAAACCUGCAGGAGUAGGCAGCAGCUCGGCUUGCGUCAGCCCCAGAUCGAGCCCCGUCGGAGAGAACUGCAGAGACGGCUGCAGAGACGGCCGCAGGGACGGCCGCAGGGACAGCCGAGACUCCACGAUCUCUGGUGGCCCUGUUGACAUGGACCCUCUCACCCAGCUGCUGCCUGGCCUUAGAGGCCCGGUUGAGGUCAAACACGGCAGUGAGGAUUCAACGACCCCUGGAGGGGGCCCCCAACUCCACUCUCCAGCCUCGCAGGCCUCAGCUCAGCUCCAGUCCUCCCUGCCUCAGCUCCAGUCCCCCCUCUCUCAGCUCCAGUCCCCCCUGUCCCAGCAGCAGUCCCAUUCCCAGUUGCAAUCGCCGUCCCCCCAGCUCCACUCCCCUUCCCCACAGCUCAAACUGCAGUCACCCACUCAGCUCCAGCCCGGCGAGGCCGGCACUCUCCGCAACGUCAAUGUGAAGAGAGAGCCUCCCGGCACUCCGAACAGAGGACCCGCUGAUGGCGGCCCAACCUCCGGCUGCAGCCUCCAGAGUCCGUCAUCCUUUGAUUUCUGCAGUCCCCCCACUCCAAACCAGACACAGAACCAGGGACAGGGAGACAUCUUCCAGACCUCCCAGGACAGCAGCCCCUUUCCAGAGGCAGACAUUAACCCAUUCAGUUCAAACACUGGUCUAUCUAAGAUGGACGCGGGAGACUCCCAGUUCCAGCCUCUGGCUCUGUCUGACACCUUGUCCUUCGAUGGUCUUGGGACACCUUUACAGGCGCCCUUGGCAUCGCCGCAAGAGCAGUGCGUGCCAUGUUCGCUGGAUGACGUGCUGGGCCCUCCGACCACACCUGAGGGCCGGAACGAUGAGAAAGCUCUGUUAGAGCAGCUCGUCUCCUUCCUCAGUGGGACCGAUGAGAGUGAACUGGCCAAGCUGGAUAAGGCUCUGGGUAUUGACAAACUGGUGCAGGGUGGCUGUUUUGACCCCUUGACCCCAAACUUCCUAACCCAGCAGCCCAAUGCCACGCCAGGUUCCAAUGACCCUAAACUCCCCACCUACCUUUCCCAGUUUACACCAGCUCCACAAGCUCAGUUUCCUCCAGAGCUGACCAUGGUGGUGGGGACACAGGGUCUUGGGUUUGGAGCCCCCCGGGGGGCUUUCCCCGGCGGGGCAACGGGCAUCGGCCUGAGGCCGGGUAUGACGCGAUCACAGGGGAUUGGCCCUCAGCUCCGGCUGCCACCCAACCAACUGCGCCUGCAGCUGCAGCAGAGGCUGCAGGGCCCACAGCAGCUCCAGAACAGGAUGGGUGGCAUGAAUCCGUUUCCUGGGGGCACCCAGCAUGUGAACCUAGGGAUUCGUCAAGGGGUUCAACAAUCUCAGAUGCCCUCACAGCAGCCGCCGCUGAAUGCCCAGAUGCUGGCCCAGCGACAGAGGGAACACUACAGCAACCAGCACCGCCAGCGCCAGCUUUUCCAGCAGAAAGUCAUGCUGGCGAGACAGAACAUGGGGCCCAUCGGAACUGCCAGGGUCCCAAAAGGUCCCACAACAACGCCUCAACAGCAGCAGCAGCAGUUCAACUUUCCACAAGGGUACCCCCCGUUGACGGGUAAAUCCCCUACCUCACCAAGUCAGUUUGGCCCCAUCAGCGGGAGUCCUCUGGACAACAAGAUGCCCGUCAGAGUCCCCCUGAACAACAAGGCGCUUAUGGGCAGCAUGCAGGGCCAGUUCAGCAGCCCCGUGAACUCCUCAUUGCAGCAGGGCCUGUUUCAGCAGAUUGGAGGGACUGCUGUCGCCCAGCAAGACCCAUCUUUCCCGUCUGAGAUGAGCCCAACCAGCCCUUUGUUGUCACCUCAAAGCUCCAACUCCCAGAGUCCUCUGCUUCAGCAGGCCCCGCCCCCUGGCUACCAGUCACCAGAAAUGAAGAGCUGGCAACAGACAGGCAUGGGAAGCAACAGCCUGUUCAGUCAGUCAGGACCGAGUGCAGUGCCGGCUUUUGGCCAGCAGGGGGUUUACAACAACAUGAGCAUCACCGUCGCCAUGGCCGGGGGCUCGGCUAGCGUCGGCUCAUUACCUCACGUGGGGCAGCCGGUUGGCAUGGGCAACAGUAACCUCAGCAACGUCAGCUCAGUGUGCAGCGACCAGCAGGUGCAGCAGGUUCAGGUGUUUGCGGACGUGCAGUGCACAGUGAACCUGGUUGACAGUGACUCCUACCUGAACCAGGGCUCCAUCGGCGCCACGGCCCCCCAGAAGGGCCCCGGAGCGCAGGUCUCUCAGAACAACCAGGCCCAGCAGAAGAGCCUCCUCCAGCAGUUGCUCACUGAGUGACAACUCUCGCAAACCCCCGUUCAGCUCUCCCACUCCCUCUUCUUCUCACUUCUACGCCUCCUCCUCGGAGGCAAGUGCACCAGACCCGUUGCUGUCUCUGCCUCACCUUUUGGAUGGAAGGAUGGAUGUUAGGACGACCACGGAGUCGGCUCAGAGUGGUCCAGGUGUAGGUGGAGCUACGCAGCCUGUCCACUUCUGUCCCCACAGGGAUUUCGGGGGGGCUGGUUGUUUUUAGACGCCCAGUACUUUUAAGAAAAAGACUCAAGUCAGAAGGAGCAGCAGUGUAUUUAAACCUGCCUGUCUAAUCUGUCUGACAACCUGUCUGUCUGCCUCAGCCUAUUAAAGGCAGUGUUGUCUUGCUGCUCAUUCCUUGGUGACCUACUUCCUGCUUCCUGACCCAAGAAAAAAAAAAAAAAGAACUGCGACAUCAUUGUAGAUUUGCCAAGUUUUUCGUCACUGUCAAAUCAGGGCCGGCCUCUCUCUCUUUUAUUUUUCUCUGUUUUUAUUUUUAUGAUGGUUGUCGAUGUCAGGCCGUCGCAGCAGUGCAUCUUGGGAGCAUGAGUUGCAGCAUACAGCUGAGCUCAUCACUUUUAAGUGUGG